GACGUGGCGGCCAUUUUGGCGCUGGCCGCUCGGUUCCCAUUGUGUGUGUGAUAGUAAAUACUGAGAGUGCCAGGCAAAGCUCUGCACAUAUUUCACUGCGACAAAUUAAACACAUUCGCUGAAGAUUGAAGAAGCAUGGCCCGUACCAAGCAGACCGCCCGCAAAUCUACAGGAGGCAAAGCUCCUCGUAAGCAGCUGGCCACUAAAGCGGCCCGUAAGAGUGCGCCCUCUACUGGAGGAGUGAAGAAACCUCACCGUUACAGGCCCGGCACAGUGGCUCUGCGUGAGAUCCGUCGGUACCAGAAGUCCACCGAGCUGCUGAUCCGUAAGCUGCCCUUCCAGCGCCUGGUGAGAGAGAUCGCUCAGGACUUCAAGACGGACCUGCGCUUCCAGAGCGCCGCCAUCGGAGCCCUGCAGGAGGCCAGCGAGGCGUACCUGGUGGGUCUUUUCGAGGACACCAACUUGUGUGCCAUCCAUGCCAAGCGCGUCACCAUCAUGCCCAAAGACAUCCAGCUGGCACGUCGUAUCCGCGGAGAGCGCGCCUAAACGCCCGUCGUCCUGCUCCUUCCAUCCUUUCUGUCUUUCUUUCUCUCUCUCUCUGUCUGUCUCUCUCUCUCCACUCGUCUCUCCCCUUCUUUCUUGGUAGAGUUUAGAAUAUCUGCGACGGGGAGGCCAAUGUGUUUCAGUCUACUAGUGCUGUCUCACUGACGCGUAGGGUACCUGUAUGUGCAUGUAACAGACGCUUCUGAUCACUCACUCACACACACACACACACACACACACACACACACACACACACACACACACACACACACACUUACACAUGUAUAAGAGUCGGAGCGUAAACGAGGUCCACCCUUGCCAAGCUUGGGGGUUGAACACACACAGUAUGAAGGAAGGUGGAAUCUGGGGUUAGUCUGCUUAAGGGGAGCGGCAACUUCCACAGCAGGGUGCUACUAAAACUGCCCCAGACCACCUUCACUUACCCACUUACCCACCCCUCAGACACCUUAGAAACCCCUACCUGACUUAUCUUCUGCUCACACACAUCAGAAAACACUUCUUACCUUUAUGUGUCCCUACACACCUCAGAAACCCCCUACCUACCCCGUUGCCCUGUUAUUUGCGUGUGCACCCACAUGUCUAUCUUCCCCAGCCCAAAUCUGUGUGUGUGUGUGUGUGUGUGUGUAGGAUCAGCAAAGCAGAAAUCGUAUUCAACUGCAAACCAGCAUCUAUUGGUUAUAAAGUUGUUAUAAUAUUGAUGAUUACUAUUAUUGUUGAUGGUGUUAUUUUUUUUUCUUUUUGGAUUUUUUUUUCUAUGAUUUAUAGUCAUGAGUUGUUUUACCACUGUUAUGGGACAAAAAACAAACAAAACGACAAAAAAUUUGAAUGAGAUUAUUUUUGUUUUUUCGUAUUAAUAUUAUCAUUAUUAUUAUUAUUAUUAGUAUUAUUAUUAGUAUUACUUUUUUUUAUGGUGAUUGCCGAUCCUGCUCCUCCUGUUCUAACUUUCAGGCAGCCACAGGGGGGCGCUCUAAACCAGCCUCUCAUUCACUCUCACUGUUCACUUGUCCUUCACGCUUCUCCCUUUCCCCUUUCUCCGUCACCCCGGGUUUUUUGCUGUUUUUUUGGUUUUUUUUUUUUUUUCUCUCCACAGAUCGGCAUUUGUCAAAAAAUUGUAGCAAAAAAAGAAUUGUCACGAUUCGUUUUUGACGUGUUUUGCUUUCUUCGUGUAGAUUCUCUCUCGCUCUCUCGUGAUACACUUGUAUAACCUCAUGUUCCUGUUUAUUUUUCUUAUUCAGAAAUUUAAAUAAGCUGAUCUUUGUAUUUUCCAAAUUUCUCAUACUAUGGUGGUAAUAAAUAGAUGUUACACAA